AUGGGGAUUUCGAUGUUUGGGCCGCCAGAUCCCAUCGAUCCCUCACACGAGCCAUCCGCCUCCAUUACUUCAAUAUCCGCCAAUGCGCCAAUCGAGGAAAUACUCGGCAUAAUCGAACGGGACGGUGGCGUGAUUCUGACUGGAUUUGCAACAGCGGAAGAUAUUGCUGCCAUCGAUCGUGAUGUUGAAGCUCAUCGAAAACAAACCAGGUCUACAGAGAAUAGCGCAUUGCACAUUAUACCCAAAGAAACACUCGCCAUACCCGGGCUUGUAGGCAAAUCCUCGACAAUUGCCAAAAUAUGUGAAUCGCCUGUGUUGGAGGAGUUACGGACAUCCAUCCUUCAGGAGAAGUUCGGCGUCAUUCGUGAAGAUAUUGUGGAAGAGAACGUUAUAGAUCCGCUCUUGAGCAUCAGCAUCACCUUUUAUAUUGGGUAUGGUGCGCCUCGACAAAGGCUUCACCGAGACGAUAACGUGCAUGGGAUCCGGCACGGAGGGAAAUUCGACCUCAAAAAAGCCAGUCAAUUUGGUUGUCUGAUUGCUGGGUCUCGGACCACUCGCCAAAACGGUGCCACAAUGUUCGUACCGGGUUCUCACAAAUGGGACGAUACCCGUCGCCCACGGACAGAUGAAGUAUGCUUCGCUGAAAUGGAACCGGGAUCCGCGUUGAUAUUCCUAGCUUCUUGCUAUCAUGGAGGUGGCCAUAACUCUGUCCCAAACGAGGUUCGCAAGGUGCACGGUCUCUUUUUCAUCAGGGGCAACUUGCGCACGGAAGAAAACCAGUUUCUGGCAGUACCGAGGAGCAAAGUGCUCACUAUGAGUGACAAGAUGCUCUCGCUCCUCGGGUACAAGAAGCCUUCCACGGUGCUCGGGGUCGUCGACAACGACGAUCCGUCACUGAACCUGCCCGCUGUCUUUGAGAAUGCGAGCCAGUAG